AAUAAAUAAAUAAAAUAUUGAACUACCCGUUGCUUGUUCCCUGCUCCCCUUUGUUUGGCAGGAUUUCAGUAUCUCAAAGCUUCUGAAGGCCAAGCAGAACUUCAUCUCAGAGCAAGCUGUUCCCAUAAAAAUCUCCCAAUUGCUCUCAUUGGGUAGUCCAAGCAGUUUUGUGGAGCUGCCAUUUUGAAAGGGCAGUGCUCCAUAUUCCCAUUUUCUUGCAUGUCCCCAUCUCAACAUGCUCCCAUCACUAAGGAGAGAAAAUUAGGGGAGCUGUCAGCAAGAGCGGGAGACACGUUAAAGGUGUUGACCCAUAGCCCUUUUCCCCAAGGAAAGGCCUGAAGUGGACUAAAUUGGAUCCCUCCGGGUAGCAUCUGAGUCAUACCCUUCCGCCACUCAGCUGACCCUUUUGUUACGGACUUUUCCCUGGAGGAGCUGGGGGACCCAAGAGCACCCUUGGUCAUUGGAUUGGCUUUCCAGGGUUUUCACCAUGGCUGGUGCCAUUGCAUCUCGCAUGAGUUUCAGCUCUCUGAAGAGGAAGCAGCCCAAAACAUUCACAGUGCGGAUCAUUACCAUGGAGGCGGAGAUGGAGUUCAACUGCGAGGUAAAAUGGAAGGGGAAGGACCUGUUUGACCUGGUAUGUAGGACAGUGGGACUCCGUGAGACGUGGUUCUUUGGACUGCAGUACAUGAUCAAGGACACGGUAGCAUGGCUCAAAAUGGACAAGAAGGUCCUGGACCACGAUGUCCCGAAGGAGGAGCCAGUCACUUUUCAUUUCCUGGCCAAGUUCUAUCCAGAGAAUGCGGAGGAAGAACUUGUUCAGGAGACGACUCAGCGCUUAUUCUUUCUUCAGGUAAAAAAGCAGAUCUUGGAAGAGAAGAUUUACUGUCCUCCUGAGGCAUCUGUUCUCCUUGCCUCCUAUGCAGUGCAGGCCAAGUUUGGAGAUUACGAUGCCAGCGUCCACAAGCGCGGCUUCUUGGCUCAAGAGGAGUUGCUUCCAAAACGGGUGAUCAACCUGUAUCAAAUGACCCCAGAAAUGUGGGAAGAAAGAAUCACUGCCUGGUAUGGCCAACACCGUGGCAGGACGAGUGAUGAAGCUGAAAUGGAGUACUUGAAGAUAGCCCAGGAUCUUGAGAUGUACGGCGUGAAUUACUUUGCAAUUCGGAAUAAGAAGGGAACUGAGCUGUUGCUUGGGGUCGAUGCCUUGGGUCUCCACAUAUACGAUCCAGAAAACAAGCUGACCCCCAAAAUUUCCUUCCCGUGGAAUGAGAUUCGGAACGUUUCUUACAGUGAUAAGGAGUUUACAAUAAAGCCCCUGGACAAAAAGAUCGACGUCUUCAAAUUCAACUCCUCCAAGCUGAGGGUGAAUAAACUGAUCCUUCAGCUGUGCAUUGGGAACCAUGACCUGUUCAUGAGGAGGAGGAAGGCUGAUUCCCUGGAGGUCCAGCAAAUGAAAGCCCAGGCCAGAGAGGAGAAGGCCAGGAAGCAGCUGGAACGCCAGCGUUUAGCCCGAGAAAAGCAGAUGAGAGAAGAAGCAGAGCGGACAAGGGAUGAAUUGGAGAGGAGGCUGUUGCAGUUAAAGGAGGAGGCAACCAUGGCAAAUGAAGCCCUGAUGAGAUCCGAAGAAACAGCAGAUCUGCUGGCUGAAAAGGCUCAGAUCACAGAGGAGGAAGCGAAGCUCCUGGCUCAGAAAGCGGCUGAAGCGGAGCAGGAGAUGCAGCGGAUCAAGGCCACGGCCAUCCGAACAGAGGAGGAGAAGCGGCUCAUGGAGCAAAAAGUCCUGGAGGCUGAGAUGCUGGCGCUGAAGAUGGCAGAGGAAUCGGAACGGAGGGCGAAGGAAGCAGAUCAGCUCAAGCAGGAUUUGCAGGAAGCCCGUGACGCUGAGCGGAGGGCCAAGCAGAAACUUCUGGAGAUCACCAGCCAGUCAUCUUAUGCUCAGCCCAUGAAUUCAAGCACACCCACAAUGCCCGCCGAUUUGCCGACCUUCAGCCUCAUCAGCGAAAGCCUGUCCUUUGACUUCAAGGAUACCGACAUGAAGAGAUUAUCCAUGGAGAUAGAGAAAGAAAAGGUGGAGUACAUGGAGAAGAGCAAGCACCUGCAGGAGCAGCUGAAUGAGCUGAAGACGGAAAUUGAGGCUCUGAAGUUGAAGGAGAGGGAGACGGCGAUGGAUAUACUUCACAGCGAGAACAGCGAUCGGGGCAGUAGCAAGCACAACGCCAUUAAGAAGCCUCAAGCCCAGGGCAGAAGACCUAUCUGCAUUUGAGACUUCCAACUUACCUUGCAGAGCACAAAGUCCCGCGUGGCCUUCUUCGAGGAGCUCUAGGAAGCGAGCCAGCACUGCUGUCCCUGAGCCAGCCCUCGCCCAGCGGAACCUCCUCUUGAGGACUCAGCCAUAGCCGGCCGCGGGGCACCACCCGCACCGCCACCUUCCCUCUGUCCGGUGCAGCCCGGCGUCGGCCGCCGGAAGAGCUCCACAUGACCUUCUCUAGCUUCGUCCUUCGUAGUUUUUAAUAGCCUUUGUAUGGCGCAGAACCAUGAUACCCUCUUAUGCAGCCUUCCUUUUCCUUUUCCAAAAACGCUUUUGUAUCGAUUGCGACUUGUGUUAUAUUCCCACGUGAGGGACAUCAGCAUUGCUCUUUCCCAACUUGCCCCCAUUUAGGGACACUGUGAAUGCAGCUCCCUCCUGCAGCCCAAGCGGGGCAGCUCCUGCCUGAACUGCUCCUCUGUGGGUUUCAGCCUCCGUCCCGGGCAGCCCAGGAAAUGCCCGUGCCGUGUGGCCACCAGAGCGAAGCCGCCGCGUUGCCGGAAGGUGGCUUGCAGCGACCGCCGGCUCCCGCUUACGGAGCCAGUCUGAGAAAAGUGGCUGGCUGGACCUGGACCUGGACCUGGACCUGGACCUGGACCUGGACCUGGACCUGGAAUGCGCUCCGCUUUCGAUCUUUGUGGCUUGCACAGAAGGUCAGAUUCUCCUCUUGGCUGGUGCUCAGCAUAUUAAAAUACCCACGUAAAAAAACCCCCAUCAGUUUGCAUCAUGGUUCUAAUGCCAGGAAAUGGGAUUUUCCAGAAUGUUAGUGUUGGUUUUAACAAAACCGAGAUAGUGGAAGACCUAGUAGAAAUACGGAAGAUUCAAAGGCCCAGGGAGCUGCAACGCAGGAGUUGUGGAAAACGCGGACUCUCUAUAUAUGCACAUAUGUACUUCACCACUGACUUUUGCAUCCUCUGUGAAGUUGGAAUUUUUAAUGGACAAUGCUGGCAUGUCUUUUUAAAUAUUUUCAGUACAACCAUAAGGGCUGGAAUCUUGCUUUUUAAAACUAAGAACACUAUACAGUGGCUUCAUACUGCCUGGAAAAUGUAAAACUUGUGCAGAAACACACAAGCCUUAACUCUGACGGGAUGCCUGCCAAGAGAUCAAAAUAGGCAUACUUUUCCUUCCUUCACCAUCCCCCCUGCCUUCUCAGCUUCUAGUAUUUCAGUCUUUGGCCAUUUAAAGCGCAUGCAUCGCAACACCACCAUGAGACGUGCCUCUUUAUCAUUUUCUCAUUUGCGUUGCCUCCUUUCUCAGCCUCUUUGUGUCAUAGCAGUGGGAAUAAUAAGAAGGGGGCACUUUGCAGGUUGAUUUCCCACCCCCAGGUAGAGUUACUGUUGUUUUCAAAGCUGCAUUCUUGCCAGAACUUGCAGCAGCUCCGGUUUUCCACCAGCAUUGCAGAUGCUCCUAGUUUCUCCCCUAUAAUCGUAUAAUCUAUUUAUCAAAUGUUGGGGUCAUCAACAUGAGCGAACAAGCAGGAGCCGCAGUGGCGAGUGUGUGCGUGGCCGGGAGUCCGGGAUAGCCGGCUGCUCUGAGUGACAGCAGCCUGAGCCAGUCAGCAUCCGGCAAUCUGCUGAGCAGAGCCCCGUUCAAAGAAGGGGCUGUCCAAGGUGCGCUUGAGGCUCCUGCCAGAUUCAGGCACUGGCUUGGCUUCCCUCUUGUAUCCACAGUAGCUCAAAAAUAGCUUGAAAAACCACCAGCUGAGUUUUCUAGAUAGUUGGAAGGAGAGGCGGUUGGCCUUGUUGAGUGAGCAAGGGAACUACGCCUGGGAGCUCCCUCUCUCUCGCUAGUAAAAGCGAGCCACCUCUCGGAUGAGUCCAGGAGUGCCUCCGCCAGUGCAGAUGGCCAGUGCUGGCCACGCUGGCUGGAGCUGAUGGGAGCUGGGGCCACAUCUCUGCCCCUCUGCCAGACUGCAGCAACACGGUUAGGUGUCGGACAGUUUCUGGGUGCCGGCAUUCUUUCCCUCCCGCCGGUGUCUUGCGUGAACCCGGGCCCAAAUCCUGCACAUUUGUAUGGGCGCAUGGACUGGCCGUUGACCAGGGUGUCUCUCCACUCCUAAGGCAAGAUAAGCAGCGCUUCAGGCAGGAGUUGCGACUUCCCCUGAGGCUUCAAUGCAGAUGAUUAAACUUGCAGCGCUUGUAUUCUCAGCUGUGGUUGGACUGGAUCCAGACGACCCUGGUAGCCGGCAUUCAGUCCAGACAGCCCUGCUAGACAGCAGUUAAUUCUGAGCCUCAUCCUUCGUGCUGUGCUUUCGAAGACAGUUUCCAGCAGGGAAGAUCUCGGUCCUGGAAAGGAGCAUUAUGCUGCCUUUAACCCACGGAGCGGGCCUUGCCAUCUCCCUGUGGCCUGCAGCCUGGCCAUAAUGACGUGCCUCUGAGCAUGCAUGGGAAGGGUUUCCCUUGCCAGUGAGGGGAGCUUCACAUUUCAUGCCCAAGUUCCAAAAAGCGGGGCAGGGUUUGUACCCGUAAGCGGAAAACAAGCUGCGGAAAGGAGCUGUGGCUGGUCCUGGCUGGCUUGGGAUUGCUGCCUGAUUGCCCGUUUCCUUGGAACGGGCACACCAGAAACCUUGGUGCAGGGACCGAUUCAGUGCCAUUCCUGCACACUCCCUCAGCUGGCCGGCCGGUUAGGCUAAGGCUGGGCACCCACGGGAGGCACAGUUGGCACCCUGAGAAACUGCCCUGGGCCCAUCCUUUGCCUGGGCUCGGCAAAGGGCUGAGACCCUGCUCACAAGGCGGGGCAGGGCAGGGCAGGGCAGGGUGGAGGCCGCUCCUUCUGCCCCACCGCUAGCGGGACUCACUUCACCAAAGGCAACCCCUUUUCUUUUCUCUGCCCCCCCCCACCCCGGUCAGUGCUCCCACCACUGCUUGAGGCCGUUGCGCUUGGGAGCGAGCGAGUGUGCGGCGUGGCCGGCUGCCACGGGUCUCCUGGGCUCCUCCGAAGGAGCGCCUCCCGCCACGUCCUUCCCCCUCCCUCCUUGCACCUCCUGGGCUGUAGAUGGGCAGCCGGGGUGCAGUGGGGCUGCCAUGUGGAAAAGACCCGUGGGCCUGUUUGGCGCUUCAGGUGUGAAGUGGCCCCUGGCCUGGUCUGGCUUACAGGGCAAGAUCUCGGGAUGGAAGGCCCCUCCUCAGGCGUGUUGGAGGCCCAGGACCUGGCCUUGAACCCACUGCCUGCCCUUGUCCCAGGUGUUCCAGCCAGGAUUGUGUGCAAUGAGCCCCCACCUUGACUUGUUUUAAUGCUUGUGUUCUCUUGUUAAUUUUUUUUAAAUAAAGGAAUGAAUGGA